GUUUUGUAACAGAAUCUGCGUAAAUAAUACGCUCCGAGAGAGAUAAGGCGUCGAAACACUGACGGCGUUAUGCGACACAGUCUGAUCGAUGGCUCCGUGCUACAAAACGUCCCGAACACUGGAAUUAUCCAAAUGUUGGGCUCGAACGCACCUAAACUCUUAUUACCGUGUAAAAUAAAGUAAACAAUGGAAUAUUUGUGAUGAAAUUAUCAGGAGCUGGUUUUCCGUUUCACUCGGUGUGGCGUGGCAGGCUGGGCUCGAUCUGUGUGUGGAUCACUUCCAAACUUAAUCAGUAACAGGACGCGUGUAAAUGAUUGGAUUUAAAGACCGUAACACACUAGUUAGCUAACGUUACUUCCAACUGCAAACAUGGAGACUAAACUUGAGACUGCAGCUCAGACUGCCCUGGACUUGGAGCGAGAAAGACAGUAUUGUGAACUUUGUGGGAAAAUGGAGAAUCUCCUAAAGUGCGGCCGGUGUCGAAACUCGUUUUACUGCAGCAAGGAGCACCAGAAGCAGCACUGGAAAAUGCACAAGGUGAACUGUAAAGAAUCCGAGGUAAAACCACAGGUUUCAAAACAGAAGUCCGAACCUCCGGCACCGUCCGGGGGGAUAGAGGGACAGACACUACCGUCACCACAGCUAAAGACACGCGUCCAACCCGACAACACCGCAUCUCCGAGCGGAGAGACAAGAAUGAAAGGUUUUAUAACUAACGCAGAGUGCGCUGGCUCCUCGGUAGGGAAACCAGGCGGGUCGAACACCAAACCCAACGGACAGACCACCACCCGGUCCACGCCUCAGAAUCUCGCCAUUGAGUACAUCGUCCCGUGUAUGAUAAAGCAUGGGAUAUGUGUUGUUGACAACUUCCUCGGCGGUGAAACGGGGCUGGCCAUCUUGGAAGACGUUAAAUUGUUGCAUAAAACCGGGAAGUUUACCGACGGUCAGUUGGUCAGUCAGAAAACGGACUCCACUAAAGACAUUAGGGGAGAUAAGAUCACAUGGAUCGAGGGCCGAGAGACCGGAUGUGAGAAGAUCUGCUUCCUCAUGAGCCGGAUGGAUGAUCUGGUCAGACAUUGUAAUGGUCAGCUGGGAAACUUUACAAUAAAUGGAAGGACUAAAGCGAUGGUGGCGUGUUACCCAGGCAACGGGACCGGAUACGUACGGCAUGUGGACAAUCCGAACGGAGACGGGCGAUGUGUCACCUGUAUAUACUACCUAAAUAAAGACUGGGACACCAAGGAACAUGGGGGUGUUCUGCGUAUCUUCCCAGAGGGUAAAGCUCAGUUCGCCGACAUCGAGCCUAAGUUUGACCGGUUGUUGUUUUUCUGGUCAGACAGACGGAACCCACACGAGGUCCAGCCCGCCCACGCUAUCAGGUAUGCCAUCACAGUGUGGUAUUUUGAUGCUGAUGAGCGAGCCAGGGCUAAAGAGAAAUACCUAACAGGAGCUGGAGAGAAAGGAGUGAAGGUGGAACUGAACAAACCAUCAGACCCCAGCUAGUGAGAGCGGAGAAAAAGAGAGAAGAGAGGAGGGGAGGAGACCAGAGGAGAGAGGAGGAGACAGGAGCGGGGAGGAGAGGGGAGAGGAGACACCCCAUCUACCAGCCAACCCCCCCUCCAGCCAUGAAGUGCUAUGCCCUGAGAAAGGGAGAGGCCUAAACCAAGAGAGCGGGUGUAAGAGAGAGAGUGAGGAUUUCUUUGUUUUCUGGAGCUCUACGGGUGGGCUGAUUCCGCAACUGACCUUGAAUGUCAUGACGUCACAGUACUGCAAGGAGAGACUGUCCCUUCUCUGCUUGUGGCCCAAAAGGGACCCUUUUUCCUACAUAGUGCACUAGUGACCAACAAAUAGAUGCUCAAUGGAGAACAUCCAUUGAACUAGCUUUUUAUUCCAGGACUAAGCUAUGGGCCCUGGUCAAAUGUAGUGCACUCUGUAGGGAACACGGUUCCAUUUGGGACAGAGUCUGUGGCUUUUUGGUGAAGACAAUGCUGAGAAAAAAAGAAGCUGACAUUUAGAGAACGCUUUGAGCUUCAGGGACCAACCGACCCCUGAGAGACUGUCAUUCUGUUGUAUUUUACCAUGUUCUGGUGUUGAGCUUCAGGGACCAACCGACCCCUGAGAGACUGUCAUUCUGUUGUAUUUUUUAUGUUCUGGUGUUGUGGUUGAUUCCUUAAAGGUACAGAGUCCAUACUGACGAACUCUGAGUUAACCGUAUUUCGAGUGCGUCUCGGAAGCAAGGCUUCUAAUUGGGACAGCUAACUUAGUUUUAAAAGGUUUAAGGGUUCAUUCAGAGUUCGUAAGUAUGGACCCACGGUGUUUUGCUUGUUGUGUUGAUGCUGUUUACAAGGAAUAAGAUGUUUUUAAGCUUUUUGUUCAAUGAGCUUGUGGAGGUUUUUUAAUUAAAUGAGGAGAGAUCUCAAUUAAAAACGUUUUUGAUAACAUGAGGAGAGAUCUCAAUUAAACUAGUUUUUGAUAACGUGAGGAGAGAUCUCAAUUAAAAAUCUUUUUGAUAACAUGAGGACAGAUUUCAAUUAAAAAUGUUUUUGAUAACAUGAGAAGAAAUCUCAUUUUUAAAGGUUUUUGAUAACAUGAGGAGAGAUCUCAAUAAAAAAAAAAUUGGACAGUA